CGACCGCUGGCGGGCGGGCGCGCGCAGAGGUGCGGGGGCCAGCCACUCGGCGGAGUUAUCCCAGGUCCCCGCGGAGCAGGGCCACGCUUUCGGCUUGGGCGGUACCAUGAAGUCUCUAAAGAAGGAAUCCCGCCUCAAAAUACCUCCAAGCAGAUUCUUGGAGGCCGCAGAAAGCUUAAAAGAAAAAAAGCGGGCAAAGUUACCUGAACAGCCCACACCCCCCAUUCAGGAAGAACCUGAGCCUGUUAGCAACGUCCUACAAGGAGACGACAUUCUUGCCUUAGCCAUUAAGAAGGAAGACUUGCAGAAGCAACACAUUCCUCGCUUUAUUGAAACAGAAGAUAAGCAUGUCAUUACUCAGAAAUUUUUCAUCUGUAAACUCAAACCCAAGGAUCCUAGGAGGAGAGUCUGCCACUUAGUAGCACAUCCUGCUAUUCCAGAGGCAGCCACAAAGCCCCUGGACUACUCUGGUCCAGGUGAUAGUAUCCAUGGCAGUGACCAGAUCCUUCCCCACCACAUCUUGGGGAGUCUCCAGGACUUUAAGAGAAUUGCAGUUGCUCGAGGGAACACCCAGCUGGCUGAGCUGAUACACACUCCGUCCUGUCUGAUGACCCUCAUCUCAGCUACAGAAGAGCAGACGCAGAAAGCCCCUAAAGAAGAGAAGGCCCAUCCCUGGGCCCCACCUCCUCAGCACAACUUUCUAAAAAACUGGCAGCGCAAUGUAGCCCUGCGGAAGAGGCAGCAGGAAGCCCUCAGCGACCGCCUGAAGAAGCCUGUGGGCGAGUUGCUGAUGCAUAUGGGGGAGACCUACAGACAGACCCAGGAGGAACGGGAGCGUCAUUGAUCGAGCACUUUCCCAACGCGUGCACAAUGGAAGACCAGUGGGUUCUGGAGUCGACGGGAAUACUUGGUGGAUGAAACCACAGGGCUGGUAAUGACGAAGACAAAAGCGCAGCGAGGCCUCCUGGAACCAGUUACUCACAUCAGGAAGCCACACUCCAUCCAGGCGGAGAUGGGAUUGCUGGCCCAGAAGGAUGCUUGGUACCGCUACACCUGGGAUCGGAGUCUGUUUCUGAUUUACCGUCGCAAGGAGCUGCAGAGUGUCAUGGCAGAGCUGGAUUUUAGCCAGCAGGAUAUUAAUGGCCUGGAGGUGGUGGGCAGAGGGCAGCCUUUCUCGACUGUUACAGUGGAAGACUUUUCAGUGACUGAAGAGAGCCAGAGAAACUAUGUCAUUGGUUUUUCUUACAGAGACUUAUUGGCCAAUUACCCUGAUGUCGUCCCCAUGCCUGUUCUUGGCCCUUCUCUGCUAUUCUGUGGGAAGCCAGCUUGCUGGAUCAGAGGCAGUAACCCACAGGACAAGAAGCAUAUUGGAAUUGCUGUCCGCUUGACCUUUGAAACUCUGGAAGGGCAGAAAACAUCUUCAGAACUGACCGUGGUCAAUAACGGCACUGUGGCCAUUUGGUAUGACUGGCGGCGGCAGUCCCAGCCGGACUCUUUUCAAGACCUAAAGAGAAACAGGAUGCCGCGGUUCUACUUUAACAGUCGGGAAGGUGUGAUUCUGCCUGGAGAAACUAAAACCUUUACCUUCUUCUUCAAGUCUUUGAAUGCUGGGAUCUUCAGGGAAUGUUGGGCGUUCGGAACCCACCCUACCCUGUUAGGAGGUGCUGUCCUACAGGUCAAUCUCUACGCAGUCUCCUUGGCCCAGGACAUUUUUAUGGAUGAGAGGAAGUUACUGGAGAACAAGCUGGCAUGCCACGAAGCAGUCACCAUCGUGCAGAGCGUGCUGCAGGAGCUGCUGGGGGGGAUCCUGACCCCAGAGCGUGCGCAGUCACCUGUGGAUACCUAUCUCACGGAGGAGGACUUGUUCCACUACAGGAAUCCUCAGCUGCAUUACCAGCACCAAGUGGUGCAAGACCUGCAUAGAUUGUGGUACCAGUAUGUGAUCCCACCCCCGAAGGCCGAGGGGGCGAGGCCAGGCGAGGAGGAGCGCCUCAGUCCCUGGGCCCAGGCGGCAAUGGCCCAGCCAGCCUCUUUAGAGAAGACGCCGAUGAACACUGAGUCUUUGGCGUACUUUAGGAGCCCGGUCAUGGAACCCCAACUGUCCCGGCAGGAGCGUCUGACCCUCAGAGACUCCCAAGAUUCUUUCAGGUCCAAGAAGACUAGAGUGGGGGUCAGGAGUUCUGGGGGGAAGAGCAUCAUGGAGGAGAUCCUGGUGGAGGGGAGCCCAGACCUGGAGAGUGCCAAGAGCCCCUGGGAGCUGGAGGGCCUUCCCUCCAAGUGGAACCUCUGCUUGGAGGACUUCAGAAAGGCAGUGAUGACGCUCCCUGAGGAGAACCAGAGAGAAGACGCCCUAAUCAGGCUCAACAAAGCAGCCCUUGAGCUGUGCCAGAAACAGAGGCCAUUGCAGUCUGACAUCCUGUACCAGAUGUGUUUGCAGCUGUGGCGGGAUGUGAUUGACAGCCUGGUGAGCCAUUCCCUGUGGCUGAGGGCUGUGCUGGGCCUUCCUGAUAAGGAGACCAUCUAUUUGAACAUGCCAGAAGAGCAAGAUCAAAAAUCCCCUCCUAUCAUGGAAAUGAAGGCAACUUCUGGGAAAGUUGGGAAGGAGGACCGGAAAGGAGCAACCCAGGAAAAGAAGCAGUUGGGAAUCAAAGACAAAGAAGAUAAAAAAGGAGCCAAGCUGCUAGGGAAAGAGGUCGUUUUAAACAGCAAGAAGCACAAGGCAAAGGAUGACAAGAAACCUAUGAAAUCGUUAAGUCGGGACAGGCUUUCCAUGGAAGACCCUACCCCUGAGAGUGUCACCCCUUCUCAGGAACCCAUGGAUCCCCUGGUCAUGGAGAAAUACACCCAGAGGCUGCACACUGAGGUCUAUGGGCUGCUGGACACCCUGGUGACCGACCUGAUGGUCCUGGCUGAUGAGCUCAGCCCCAUAAAGAAUGUUGAGGAGCCUUUGCGUCUUUGCACCUGACUCCUGUGCCUAAGCAGCUUUCUGGGCAACUGGUUAACAAACAAAUCAAUAAAAAACCUUUCGG